AUGACUGAUACAACUAAUGAACAAAUUAAUUCUCUUACACGUGAUCUUGAAUUAAUGCGUGAACGUUAUCAUAAAUUACUUGAUGCACAUGGACAAUUACAAACACAAAAUAGUUUAUUCGAAGAACAAAUUCUUUCUAUUGUUGAAACAUAUUCAAAUGAAAAAAAUCAAUUAGAACAAAAUCUAAUUGAUGCUAAACAAGAAAUUAUAAAUUUAAAAGAUACAAUUAAUGAAUUAGAAAUUGAAAAACAACGAUAUAAAGAUGAUUGUAAUUUAGCUGUUAGACUUUUACAUCAACAUCCACAUGAAUUUAUUUCUACACAAUCAGAUUAUAUACAAAAACAAUUGCAAAAUAAAAAUGAAUCAACACCUACAACUCCACCGACACCAUUAUCACAUAAUAUAUUAAUACCUACUUUUCCGCCAAUCUUUGUUACAUCACUUCCAUUACUCAAUACAACGAAUUCUUCAUCAUCAACUGUUACUCAAACUCCAUCAACUACAACAAUAACUAUUGAUAAUCUUCGUCUUUCUGAAACACUCUUUAAAUCGAAUACUGUUCAUCGUUAUCCUUCUAGUCAUUUUAUUUGUUCAAAUUGUCAUCAAACAAUAAAAUGUUGUGAUGUAAGCGUUCAAACAUCUUUAGAUGAUCAUAAUACAAUAUCUAAAAUACAUGUUAUAUCACAUACUGCAUCUGAUGAUGAAUUUAAUGGUGAUACAACAUGGACUUCAUACGAACCACAUGGUACACAUAUGACAGUACAAGAAUAUCAAAUGGGACAUGCAAGAAAAGUCUCUCAUGAUACAGGAUUACCAUCGAAUUCAAUUCCUCAAAUGCAUCGUGUUUGA